AUGAUUAAUUCUACUAAGCAACUCAAAGACGAAAGCGGCAACGAACAAAGAGAAGGAAAUAGUAGAGGUGGAAGAAAGUCCAGAGGAAGAGGUAGAAAGAAUUACGAUAAGAGAAAUAUACAGUGUUUUACAUGCAAUAAAUACGGACACUACUCAUCUGAAUGUUGGCACAAUGAGACUGCUAAGAAAGGUAAGAAUGAUGAGGCAAAUCUAGCGAAGGAAGAUUGCAAAUCGGAUUCAGACCAUGUGUUACUGAUGAGCGUUGUAAGGCAUGAUAAAAACAUAGAAAGCUGGAGACCCCCACAGGUGAUGUGUGUUCAAAAGACAAAGGAGGUGACAGACAGAUGUCAGAGAAAGACAAGGCAGACAGAUUACGUGUCGCUUGCUGGAAAAACAUGCCAUGCAGAUGAUGAAAUCUCGUGGUACCUGGACAUGGGCUGCUCCAACCACAUGACAAGCAAAAGGGAUUGGUUACUCGACUUGGAUACGAGCAUAAAAAGCACAAUACCUUUCACGGAUAACAACAUUAUCAAGGCUGAAGGUUCUAGAAAGCUUCUGGAGAAGGGGUACACUAUGACGAUGCAACAAAAGCAUAUUGAAGUGUUUGAUGAAAAACAACGGUUGGUGCUCAAGGCCCCCCUUUCUCGAAAACGAACUUUCAAGGUAAAUUUAAAUGCAACAGAGGUUCAGUGUUUGGUUGCAACAGGUGCUGGAGAAGAAGAGUGGCUAUGGCAUUAUCGCUAUGGACAUUUAAAUUUCAGGAGUUUAAGUCAAUUGAAGGAUAAAGAUUUGGUGAAAGACGUUCCCACGAUUGUUACACCGAACAAGAUCUGCGAAGGAUGUGCUGCAGGGAAACAACCCAGAAAAGAAUUCAGGAAAGCUGUGAAUAAAAGGGCCAAGCAGCCUCUAUAA